GUGUAGGACGACAUUUAGGCUCAGAAAUUGUAGUACUAGUUGUCCAGGAAUAAUUCUCAAAUUUGUGGUGGUUCUUGAUCAAAAUUUCGGAAAACCUGGAUCACCGAUAUUGUGUCCCAAGAAUACUUCCCAGAGUGGCAAAACCACCACCGUUAAAGGUAAUUCUUAUCUUUCAUAAGGGCUGCAGAAAUACGGAAUCCAAUCAAGAGAUUCAAAAGCUGCUAGAUUCUGGCGCAAUACGAGAACUGGACCUACUACUUUACAUCGAACGUUUUUAUGGUACGUACUGAAAAAAACAGGAGAUUUCAGAUCAGUUUCCGAUUGAAAGCAUAAGCUUGGUGAAAUCAAUAAUAAGACGGAGCGACUAUAUGAUUUCUAUAGACCUCAAUCAAGCAUUUUACCAUAUACUUUUAGCGGAUUCUCAACAAUCUUAUUUCACUCUUCGACUUCCAGUCAAAACGGUAUUGCUUCACAUGUCUACUCUUCGGCUUGACAGCCAGUUUAACAAUUGCCAGUAAAAUUAUUUAUCUGUUUUUAUUAAAUAGUCAAUCACCAUUGCAGGUCUUGUUAAAAAGAAACUCUGU